CUCUGUCUGGAAUGUGAAGCGGACAGUAAGCACCGCCCUCAGAACGAAAGCGGGCCAAUCGGCGUGGUCGCUGCGCCGAGGCACCGCCCACUUUCCCAAGGCAAGGAGGCCGCCAGGAGGCAGCGGCUCUUCUUCUAUCACUCUCAUGGAUGUGUUUGCGGGCGCCGGCCGGUCAUGGCUUCUGUGAAGGAGAAGGCGGCAGCUUUGAAUCUCUGCACUGUGUAUAGUCCGGCUAACAAGCCCCCAGGCUUCAGCUUGGUACAGAGACCGUUUGGAGCCACAUAUGUCUGGAGCAGCAUUAUCAACACUCUUCAGACCCAAGUCGAGGUUAAAAAGCGGCGUCAGAACCUGAAAUCCUAUAAUGACUGCUUUAUUGGCUCAGAUGCUGUCGACGUUGUCUAUGCGCACCUACUCCAGAACAAAUACUUUGGUGAUGUGGAUAUUUCCCGGACUAAAGUGGUGAGAGUUUGUCAGGCACUGAUGGACUACAAAGUUUUUGAGGCAGUGUCUACCAGAGUUUUUGGAAAGGACAAACGGUCUGUGUUUGAAGAUAGCAGCUGCAGCCUCUACAGAUUCCCAAAUGCAUCUAACCAAGUGGAUAGCCCCUUUGAGAAAGAGUAUGGCCCUUUAAUACGUCAAAGACAGCAGAAAAAAGGAUUACUUAGCACCACACCAGUGAAGUCGGAAAGCUUGGAGGAUCUUUUAGAAAACUUGAGUCUAAAGCCUGUUAGUUCUUCUCAAGUAAAUAGCUUGACUCGCCAAGCUAUUGAUGAAGUCUGGAGAGAGCAAACAAUCACCCGCCUCCUGCAGCUUAUCGAUCUUCCACUUCUAGACUCUUUACUCGAAUAUCAACCAACAGGGUCCAGAUGGCCACAAACCAAGCAGGAGUCUGAAGAGAACAUCAGGAGCAACUUUCUGGACCGAGAGAUUCUAAAAGCUUUUGGUGACUCUCAGGCGGAUGAAUGGUUGUCUGCAGCAAUAGACUGUCUGGAGUAUCUCCCCGAUCAGAUGGUGGUUGACGUAAGCCGAAGCUUGCCUGAUCGACCGGACAAAGCACAUGUGGGGAAACUGCUGCUGUUUGAGACCAUAGGUAGAUACUAUAGCCAAAAGAAGGACCCACUCCUAAAGCACGCACCGGAUAUCCAUCUGGGAAUUGCAGAGUUGCUAGUGAAUGGAAAGACUGAUCAGGCUUUGGAAGCAGUUCAGCUCUACUUGAAGUUAUUGGAUAGCCCAACAAGAGAAGAGUUCAGGAGACUACUUUACUUCAUGGCUGUUGUAGCUCAGAGUUCUGACCUAAAGCUGCAAACCGAGAGUGACAAUCGAAUGGUGGUGAAAAGAACUUUCUCUAAAGCCAUGGUCAACAAUAAAACAUUAUCUAAAGGAAAAACAGAUCUUCUAGUUUUGUUCUUGGUAGACUAUCAAAAAGAUAUCUUUAAGAUCCCAGGGACGUUGCAUAAAAUGGUUAGUGACAAGCUUGUGGCUAUACAGCAAGGGAGGGAUUCCACUCUGAAUACAGGAUAUACUUUCUGCCAGAGACUUGAUGAAAACGACUAUUUCUACAGUGCCAAGAAGACUACAAAAGAUGAACUUUUAUCUUUGCUGAAAACAAUUGAUGAGGACUCCAGUCUUUCUGCCAAAGAACGAAAAAAGUUGCUAGAUCAAUUCUACACCAGUAAUCCAGCCAUCUUCUUCCAGUAUUUUGGUGAGAAAGCUACUGAUGGAACUGUGUAAUUUUAGAUGGGACAAGCACAAUGAAUACUCGGCAUUUGAAACAUGUGUAUUGUAUCUUUUGUAUUAAAUAAAACUUUGUAAAUAUGGAUGGAAUUCACCUGUAAUUACAUUAUUUAAAAAAUUAAAAGCUGUGGAUUAUAAAUAUCA